AUGGAAAAGGCAAAACAAUUCAGAGGAACGUUAUUCCUCCUCCAUCUCCUCAUAGCUUUCUUCCUCUUCAUCCUCUGCUUCACUGUGAGAACACCCAGGACGUACAGGACCAUCCCAAAGCCGCGCUUGCCUCCUAACACUUGCCCCUUUCACAUCUCUGAGCAGACCAUCACCCCCCUCAACAAUACCAAGCACUUACUGGUGUCUGCCUACAUGGACCAGAGAGUGAAGGGCUUGGAUAUACGCAUCAUUGGUAUAUUUAGGAAAGACUCCAUCCAACCCCUUUACUGUCUCUUCUGCUGUGCAGGCCAGGUAUCAAGAACAACUCCAACAACAAUUUCAAAACCCUUCAACAACUUUGGUUUUGCCUUCACCACUACGGAUGUCAUGUGUCAGAUUCCUCAAAAGUGCAACGCUACACAUGUCAGUCUCCUGACAAAGCCGGAUAGAGUGAGGGGCUCUAACCAGACGUGGCUUCCUAUAAGGAACCAGAAGACCAAUGGGAAGGAGGAGAACAAGUUGCAGUUUAACUUCACAGUCUGCAUCUCCACCCUGUUUGGAGACUACAACAAUGUGCUUCAGUUUGCACAGACUCUGGAGAUGUACAGGUUGCUGGGUGUGGACAGGGUGGUGAUAUAUAACACCAGCUGCGGCCCAGAACUCAACAGCUUGCUGCACAGUUACAGCCAGGAGGGCUUUGUGGAGAUGGUCCCCUGGCCCAUCGACCGGUUUCUGAAGCCAUCGCGUGGCUGGCUCUUCUCACAGAGCGGGGGGGACAUGCACUACUUUGGCCAGCUGACCACGCUUAAUGAGUGCGUGUACAGAUCCAUGGCCCGCUCACGCUAUGUGCUGUUGAACGACAUAGAUGAGAUUAUAAUGCCAUACAAACACAACAACCUGAUGUCUCUGAUGGACAUGCUCCAACAGCAGCAUCCAAAUACAGGAGUGUACCUCAUCGAAAGCCAUGUCUUCCCCAAGAAACAUUUUGAGCCCAGUGGGAGGUUUCACCUGCCUCAGUGGAACGGGGUGCCAGGAGUUAAUAUUCUGGAGCACAUCUACAGGGAGGACCCCGACAGAAAUGUAUACCACCCGCACAAGAUGAUAAUUCAACCAAGGUUGGUGGAGCGGACCUCAGUGCAUGAAGUGCUCAAGAAUUUUGGACAACGGUUCAGGGUUCCAAUGGACGUUUGUCGGAUGAUUCAUGUCCGCGUGGUGCAGCGGGCGUCGUUAACACUGCAGCAGCUCAAUGAGGACAAACGACUGUGGGACUUCCAAGAAAAACUGAUUCCUAAUGUGGACAAAGUUCUGAGGAGAGUGGGGAUGCUGAGCUCAGAGGGGCAGAACUGAUGGACGGGAUGGACAGACACAAAUGCUCAACAGGUUGAAUUUGACCCUCAA